AUGACAUCAAGCCGAAGAAGGAAGACCAAAAAGAUGUUUGGAAUGUGUGGUCAUGAUGAUGAAAAUGAAGAAGAUAAUGUAAGCGAGAGAGAAAUCGAGGCAAGGGAAGAUGGUAGCCAAUACAGUCUCACAGGUGUUUUUCUUCCUUCUCUGGGUGCCACUGCUUUGACCAACGGUAGUCGGAGACAACAGCUUCGUCGUCAUAUCAUCUUUCCAUACAAUCGUAAUUACAGGCUAUGGAACAAGUUUCUGCUAAUAUUGGUCUUCUACACGGCUUGGAUAUGUCCAUUUGAAUUUGGUUUUCUAGAAAAAUCAAAGGGUGCCUUAGCUGUAAUCGACAAUGUUGUAAAUGGGUUUUUUGCCAUUGACAUUGUACUCACCUUUUUCGUUGCUUACCUUGAUAAGUCUACUUAUCUAUUAGUUGAUGACCACAAACUCAUUGCUUUGAGAUACGCUAAAUCUUGGUUGAUUUUGGAUGUCAUUGCUUGCAUUCCAUAUGAAGUUGUUCGCAGUAUGUUGCCACCUAGUCUUCAGUCCUAUAGUUACUUAAAUAUUCUCCGACUUUGGCGUCUCCAUCGAGUUAGUGCCAUGUUUGCAAGAUUGGAAAAGGAUAGAAAUUAUAGCUACUUUUGGGUGCGUUGUUGCAAGCUUACAUGUGUUACUCUAUUCUCAGUGCAUGCUGCAGCAUGUUUUUUCUAUUUUCUUGCUGGGAGAGAUGAUCCAAAAGAUACAUGGCUUUCGAUUGUUCCUACAACCAUCAACCAAGAUAUAUGGGGAAAGUACGUAGUAGCUGUAUAUUGGUCCAUAGUCACCCUUGCAUCUGUUGGCUAUGGUGAUCUACAUCCUGUAAAUACAAAAGAAAUGAUAUUUUGCAUUUUUUAUAUGUUCUUCAACCUUGGACUCACCUCGUACUUGAUAGGCAACAUGACCAACAUGGUUGUCCAUUGGACUGAAAAAACUAAAAGAUAUAGAGAUACUGUCCAAUAUGCCUCAAAUUUUGCUCAUAGGAAUCAAUUGCCUGCUCGUUUGCAAGAACAAAUAUUUGCUCAUUUGCUUAUGAGGUAUAGAGCUGAUAUAGAAGGAGUACAACAACAAGAGAUUAUUGAUUCCCUUCCAAAAGCCAUUCAGUCAAGCAUCGCACAAUACUUAUUCUUUUCACUUAUUGACAAAGUGUACUUAUUUCAUGGAGUUUCAAAUGACCUACUUUUUCAAAUGGUCACAGAGAUGAAGGCUGAGUAUUUUCCUCCAAAGGAAGAUGUGAUUUUGCAAAAUGAAGCACCAACAGAAUUUUAUAUAUUCGUUACAGGAGCUGCUGAUCUUAUCAUUCAAAAUAAUGGACUAGAACAGAUUGUUGGAGAAGUAAGGCAAGGAGAUGUAGUUGGUGAAAUAGGAGUCUUGUGUUAUAGGCCACAAUUGUUCACAGUCCGAACCAAGCGAUUGAGCCAAAUCUUACGUUUGAAUCGAACCACAUUUAUAAAUCUUACUCGUUCAAAUGUUGGAGAUGGAACAAUGAUCAUAAACAAUUUUCUUCAACAUUUACAUGAAAUUGGGGGUCCAAUUAUGGAAGAAAUUUUGGCAGAAGCAGAAGGAAUGUUGGCUAGGGGAAAAAUGGAUUUGCCAAUUAGUUUAUUGUUUGCAGCUAGUAGAGGUGAUGAUAUUAUGUUGAAUCAAUUGUUAAAGAAGGGUUCAGAUCCAAACGAACCGGACAAGAAUGGAAAGACAGCAUUGCAUAUUGCAGCUUGCAAAGGAAAUGACCACUGUGUACUUGUGCUUGUGGAACAUGGAGCAAAUCCCAACAUCAAAGACCUAGAAGGAAAUUCGCCACUGUGGGAAGCAAUUAAGGGUGGACAUGAAACUGUGACGAGAAUUCUUAUAGAAAAUGGUGCAGAAAUAACAUCUCAUGAUGUGGUUGAUUUUGCACGAUUGGCUAUUGAGAAAAACAACCUAGAAAUUGUGAAGGAAGUUAUUCAACGUAAAGGGGAAGUGACAGAAUGUGAUAGUAAAUUGACGACACUGCUCCAUGCUGCAGUGUGUGAGGGAAAUACUGAAAUAGUGAAGUACCUAAUAGAACUAGGAGCAGACAUUGAUAGACAAGAUGAUGUUGGGUUGACUGCAAGAUCCUUAGCAGAACAUCAAUGUCAUGAGGAAAUACUAAACAUUUUUAAGAAAAUUGGACACAACAAUAAACCAAAUACUCUUCCUCCUAUUUCAUCCAUUGUUGGUAGGUGUCAAAGUGAACCUACAAUACCAGUCAUUCUCCAACCCAACAAACCACCUAAUAAAGAACUCACCUGGUUUGAUAAACAUCAAAGAAGAAGGGUCAGCCCUUUCCACAAUUCCUUUUUUGGAAUCAUGUCAUCUGCAAAUUAUGCAACAAAAGAUUCACCAAAAUCAUCUCAAAUGAUUCAAACUAUUAAAGAGGAAGUGACAAUGAGAGUAACACUUAGUUGUCCAGAGAAAGGUGAAGGUGCCAAGAAGCUUCUGUUUUUGCCAGAUUCUAUUGAAGAAAUACUACAUAUUGGUGCUAAAAAGUUUGGUUGUUCUCCGACCAAAAUAUUGACCACAGAAGGAGCUCAAAUCGAUGACAUAGAUGUUAUAAGAGAUGGUGAUCAUCUUGUUCUUGCAUAG